UCUUCCCCCAUUAUUUAUUUAUUUAACCUCUCUCUCUCUCUCUCCCUCUCCACUUUCAAAAGCCACUUUUCUCCCAACUCAUAAUUCAACUUCCAACCAGGUUAAAUCUUAUUAAUCACAUAACAGCAUGUCUCCAUCAGCUGACCCAUCGCGCGAGGAAAAUGUCUACCUGGCAAAGCUGUCUGAGCAGGCCGAACGGUACGAGGAAAUGGUCGAGUUUAUGGAGAAGGUCGUAAAGACAAUUCACGGCGACGAGCUAACAGUCGAAGAGAGGAACCUCCUCUCCGUGGCGUACAAGAAUGUGAUUGGUGCAAGGAGGGCUUCGUGGAGGAUAAUCUCUUCCAUCGAGCAGAAGGAAGAGAGCCGUGGGAACGAGGAUCACGUGAACAUUAUCAAGGAGUACCGAGGCAAGAUCGAGGCUGAGCUCAGCAAGAUCUGCGACGGGAUUUUGAGCCUUCUCAACAGUCAUCUUGUUCCUUCUGCGGCUUCUGCUGAGUCGAAGGUGUUUUAUUUGAAGAUGAAGGGUGAUUACUAUAGGUACUUGGCUGAGUUCAAGACCGGAGCUGAGAGGAAGGAAGCUGCUGAGAGCACUUUGCUUGCUUACAAGUCUGCGCAGGAUAUUGCGUUGGCUGAAUUGGCACCCACUCACCCGAUUAGGCUUGGACUUGCGCUCAACUUUUCAGUUUUCUAUUAUGAAAUCCUUAACUCGCCCGAUCGAGCUUGUGCCCUUGCAAAGCAGGCUUUCGACGAGGCCAUCUCUGAGCUAGAUACGUUGGGUGAGGAAUCAUACAAGGACAGCACAUUGAUCAUGCAACUUCUCCGAGACAAUUUAACUCUCUGGACUUCUGACAUAGCGGAUGAUGGUGGCGACGAGAUUAAGGAAACCUCCAAAGGCGAGUGACGGCAAUGAUGAAUUUGUAUUCUAGCAAAUGUGCUCUUCGUUUUGUUGUUUCAAUAUAUAAGUCGUCUUAGGCAAAGAUUUGAUUGGUACGAACGAAUGUUGUGAUUCUUCUUUUUUUACGGUUUCGGACUAUUUAUUAUCGUUUAUUAUUCCUUAAAAGUGUGUGAUUGCUGCCCGUUAGAAAGCGUGGAGUGGCGAUAAAAAAUGUUUCGGUUCACGACUCACGAGAGGUGUGAUGUUCGAAAUCUCAUGUUGUUGUUUUCUUUCUAUUUAUUUUAUUUAAGAAUGGGGGGGUGUGCUCACCUUAUAUUGAAAUGGAUAAUAAUAAUAUCAUCCCUAAUUUAUCACU